AUGCUCAAUAUUCUCGUCUUAGGAAACGGUGCAAGAGAACACGUUCUUGUCACCAAGCUGGCUCAAUCACCCACCGUGGGUAAGAUCUAUGUCGCUCCAGGUAAUGGAGGAACCGCAACCAUGGAUCGUUCCCGUGUGGUAAACUGGGACAUUACACCAGAUGUCGCCAACUUUGCUCGUUUGCAGUCGAUGGCUGUGGAACAUAAGAUCAAUUUGGUCGUUCCUGGUCCAGAAUUGCCUCUAGUCAACGGCAUCACCUCCGUGUUCCAUAACGUUGGUAUUCCUGUUUUUGGACCUUCCGUCAAAGCCGCUCAGUUGGAGGCAUCCAAGGCCUUCUCCAAGAGGUUUAUGUCAAAGCACAAUAUUCCAACUGCGUCUUAUGAUGUUUUCACUGACCCAGAAGAGGCUAUUUCAUUCUUACAAGCUCAUCCAGACAAAGCUUUUGUCAUUAAGGCCGACGGGAUCGCUGCUGGCAAAGGUGUUAUUAUCCCAUCCAGCAUCGACGAGUCCGUCCAAGCUAUUAAGGACAUAAUGGUCACCAAGCAAUUCGGUGAAGAAGCGGGCAAGCAAGUUGUGAUAGAACAAUUCUUGGAAGGUGAUGAAAUCUCUUUACUAACCAUUGUUGAUGGUUACUCUCAUUUCAAUCUUCCCGUUGCACAAGAUCACAAGAGGAUCUUUGACGGCGACAAGGGCUUAAACACCGGUGGGAUGGGUGCCUAUGCCCCUGCCCCUGUGGCCACACCAUCUCUAUUGAAGACUAUAGAUUCACAGAUUGUGAAGCCUACAAUUGACGGGAUGAGACGUGAUGGUAUGCCAUUUGUCGGUGUACUUUUCACUGGGAUGAUUUUGGUAAAGGAUCCUAAGGCAAAUCAACUCGUUCCUGAAGUGCUAGAAUAUAACGUUAGAUUCGGUGACCCAGAGACACAGGCUGUUUUGAGUUUGCUUGAUGACCAAACUGAUUUGGCGCAAGUGUUUUUGGCUGCUGCUGAACACCGUUUGGAUUCCGUCAAUAUAGGUAUUGAUGACACAAGAUCUGCCGUUACUGUCGUAGUGGCUGCAGGUGGAUAUCCUGAAUCAUACGCCAAGGGUGACAAAAUUACUUUGAAUACCGAUAAAUUGCCUCCACAUACACAAAUCUUCCAAGCAGGUACCAAAUACGACCCUGCUACUGAUUCUCUAUUGACUAAUGGUGGUAGAGUUCUUUCUGUGACCUCCACUGCCCAGGACUUGAGGACAGCAGUAGAUACAGUAUACGAAGCCGUCAAAUGCGUCCAUUUCCAAAAUGCUUACUACAGAAAGGACAUCGCAUACCGUGCGUUCCAAAACUCAGAAUCAUCAAAAGUCGCCAUCACCUAUGCAGACUCUGGUGUCUCCGUUGACAAUGGUAACAACCUCGUACAAACCAUCAAAGAAAUGGUUAGAUCCACAAGGAGACCAGGUGCGGACUCCGACAUUGGUGGAUUUGGUGGUUUAUUUGAUUUGGCUCAAGCUGGUUUCCGUCAAAACGAAAAUACCUUACUAGUAGGUGCUACUGAUGGUGUCGGUACUAAGUUGAUCAUUGCCCAAGAAACCGGGAUUCAUAACACCGUCGGUAUUGAUCUGGUAGCCAUGAAUGUUAAUGAUUUGGUGGUACAAGGCGCUGAGCCUUUAUUCUUUUUGGACUACUUUGCUACCGGUGCUCUUGACAUCCAAAUCGCCUCUGAUUUCGUGUCCGGUGUUGCUAAUGGGUGUAUUCAAAGUGGUUGUGCCCUUGUGGGUGGUGAAACUUCGGAAAUGCCCGGUAUGUACCCACCUGGUCACUACGAUACUAACGGUACCGCUGUUGGUGCCGUAUUAAGACAAGAUAUUCUGCCCAAGAUAAACGAAAUGGCCGCAGGAGAUGUUCUACUGGGCCUUGCCUCUAGUGGUGUUCAUUCUAAUGGUUUCUCUUUGGUUAGAAAAAUUAUUCAACAUGUCGCAUUACCAUGGGAUGCUCCUUGUCCAUGGGAUGAAUCUAAGACGUUAGGUGAAGGUAUUCUUGAACCAACAAAAAUUUACGUUAAGCAAUUAUUGCCAUCAAUUAGACAAAGACUGCUAUUAGGUUUGGCACACAUAACAGGUGGUGGUCUAGUGGAGAAUAUCCCAAGAGCCAUUCCAGACCACUUACAAGCCCGCGUUGAUAUGUCCACCUGGGAAGUACCCCGUGUUUUUAAAUGGUUCGGUCAAGCAGGUAAUGUUCCACACGAUGACAUUCUAAGGACUUUCAAUAUGGGUGUUGGUAUGGUCUUGAUUGUCAAGAGAGAAAACGUCAAGGCUGUCUGUGAUUCAUUGACUGAAGAAGGCGAAACUAUCUGGGAGCUUGGUUCUUUGCAAGAAAGACCAAAGAAUGCUCCUGGUUGUGUAAUUGAAAACGGAACUAACCUUUACUAA